GACCCAGCCACCAAACCUCACCGCCCACCGCUCCAACCAAAGCAGGGAGGAGAAGUCCAGAAAUGGCCCCCAGGAUAUUUUCCUAGUCUUGGACUCACAGUUUAAAGAGCUGGGAGGCCCCGUCUGGCCCCUCCUCAGAAUGUGACGCUGCUCUCCCAGAACUUCAGCGUGUACCUGACGUGGCUCCCAGGGCUUAGCAACCCCCAGGAUGUGACCUAUUCUGUGGCCUAUCAGAGCCAGUGGUUGCCUGUCUGGACGGAUGGACCUAAAGUCAGUCCAGCCAAACGGAGGAGCGCGUGAUCACCUGUUCUCUAAGUUCCCUGACCCUGAGAGGCUGAAUCCAUGGCCCAAGCUCUCCCAUCUCCUCCCCCAGCUCUCCCACCCCCAGACGGUGGCACAAAGUGGAAGAGUGUGCAGGAACCAAGGAGCUGCUGUGUUCUAUGAUGUGCCUGAAGAAACAGGACCUGUACAACAAGUUCAAGGGGCGCGUGCAGACGGUUUCUCCCAGCUCCAAGUCCCCCUGGGUGGAGUCCAAAUACGUGGAUUACCUUUUUGAAGUGGAGCCAGCCCCACCUGUCCUGGUGCUCACCCAGACGGAAGAGAUCCUAAGUGCCAAUGCCACGUACCAGCUGCCCCCCUGCAUGCCCCCACUGGAUCUGAAGUAUGAGGUGGCAUUCUGGAAGGAGGGGGCCGGAAACAAGACCCUAUUUCCAGUCACUCCCCAUGGCCAGCCAGUCCGGAUCACCCUCCAGCCAGCUGCCAGCGAACGCCACUGCCUCAGUGCCAGAACUAUCUACACCUUCAGUGUCCCGAAAUACAGCGAGUUCUCUAAGCCCACGUGCUUCCUGCUGGAGGUUCCAGAAGCCAACUGGGCUUUCCUGGUGCUGCCAUCGCUUCUGAUACUGCUGUUAGUAAUUGCCGCAGGGGGUGUGAUCUGGAAGAGCCUCAUGGGGAACCCCUGGUUUCAGCGGGCAAAGAUGCCACGGGCCCUGGACUUUUCUGGACACACAUAUCCUGUGGCAACCUUUCAGCCCAGCAGACCAGAGUCCCUGAACGACUUGCUCCUCUGUCCCCAAAAGGAACUGACCAGAGGGGUCAGGCCGACACCUAGAGUCAGGGCCCCAGCCACACAACAGGCAGGAUGGAAGAAGGACCUUGCAGAGGACGAGGACGAGGAGGAGGAGGAGGAUACAGAAGACGGCGUCAGCUUCCAGCCCUACAUUGAGCCACCUUCUUUCCUGGGGCAAGAGCACCAGGUUCCAGGACACUCGGAGGUUGGUGGGGUGGACUCAGGGAGGCCCAGGGCUCCUCUGCUCCCAGGCGAAGGCUCCUCUGCUUGGGAUUCUUCAGAUAAAAGCUGGGCCAGCACUGUGGACUCCUCCUGGGACAGGGCUGGAUCCUCUGGCUAUUUGGCUGAGAAGGGGCCAGGCCGAGGGCUGAGUGGGGACGGGCACCAAGAACCUCUCCCACCACCUGAAUUCUCCAUGGACUCGGGUUUCCUGGAAGAGCUCCCAAAAGAUGACCUCUCCUGGGCCACCUGGGGCACCUUACCACCAGAGUCAAAUCUGGUCCCUGGGGGGCCCCCAGUUUCUCUUCGGACACUGACUUUCUGCUGGGAAAGCAGCCUUGAGGAGGAAGAGGAGGAAGAGGAGGCGAGGGAAUCAGAAACUGAGGACAGCGAUUCGGGCAGCUGGGGGGCUGAAAGCACCCAGAGGACCGAGGAGAGGGGCCGGACACUGGGGUAUUACAUGGCCAGGUGAGCUGUCCCGCGGCUUCCGACCGAAUCUGAUCCUGCUGCCUUUGCGAGGACUACUGGGCUUCCCAAGAAACUCGAAAGGCUCCGUACCUUUCCUAGGUGGCGGAGGGGCAUCGCACUUCAGGAAGCCCACCUAGUGGCUGUAUGCCCGUUGGACUGAGCCAUAAGAUGCUCCUCCCUCCUGUGACCCACCCGCUUUAGGCUGAGCUACAAGAGGAGUGGACACAGGGUGGCCUGAGGUCAUAGGUUUGUGGGGUGUCAUCACCCCCAUUGUCCCUGGGGUGACAGGCCGGGGGAACAAUUAUCCCCGGACAACAUGAAACAGGUGAGCUCAGGUCACUGUGGACAUCAAGGGUGGACACCACCAAGGGGCCCUCUGGAACUUGAGACCACUGGAGGCACACCUGCUAUACCUCAUGCCUUUCCCAGCAGCCACUGAGCUCCCCCAUCCCAGGGCUCAGCCUCCUGAUUCAUGGGUCCUCUGGGUGAGGCCCAGAUAAAACUCCAGUUGGCUGAGGGUUUUGGAUGGGAAGGGAAGGGUGGCUGUCCUCAAAUCCUGGUCUUUGGAGUCAUGGCACUAUAAGGUUUUAGUGUCAGACAGACCGGGGUUCAAAUCCCACCCUGCUGGUCACCGGUUUCGUGAUCUUGGGGAAGACACCUUCCUUCUCUGCCUCAGCUUCCUCAUCUGCAGCUUCGCCUGGGUGUGGUGAGGGUUCUAGGGGAUCUCAGACGUGUGUAGCACGGAGCCCACUGUGUUCUUGGUGCUCUCUACAUGGUGGCUGGUAGAAUUCUCCAUCUAUGCAGGCUCCAGGAGACCCCUGGGCAUCUCCUACCUGUGGCCCCUAAGCCCAGAGUGACUGAGAGCACUUACCAUUCAGUUUGUCUCAUCCCCAGUCUACCUCCUUCCUUCUACCCUCGCUGCCUCCCAGUCAGGUGAGUGAGCUCUCAGAAACCAGAGUCCCACCCAAGGGGACCCUGGUCUCUCCGCCUUCACCCAGCAAUGGGAACCCUGCUUCCCAGGGGAGGAACCAAGUGCUCCACCUUCUAGGGACCCCGUUUAUUGGAGUAGGACAGUAAUGUGGCAGGAAUCGGACUUCUGGGCCCGUAAUCCCUGUUUGGACAGCACGUUAGGCCCUUGGUUGACUACUGCGUUCCAAAGAAGUCCCAUUCUCCCUUCUGGUUAUGAGAAACCAGUGCCUUCUAGAUUCAGGUGACUAUCCUUACCUGGGGGUCCUCAUGUGUCCUCGGCUAACCUACACCCAGCGGAAUACAGAUGAGCACAGCUGAGUUUUCACCCGGAGGACCAAAGUGUUUUGUGGUGGAGGAUCUGAACAACCUUGGCUCUGUGGCCAUUCAGCCUGCCAGGACUAAUGUUUCUGGAUUCGUGAAGAAGGGAUCUUCAAAGCCAUUGAACCCAGAGAGCUGUGUUGUUUUAAAGCCACCAAAAGGGUACAGCAUUAAAUGGCAGAACUGGAAAAGCUUCUUAGGGCAUCUCAUCCAGAGCUUCUCAAACCAUGUCCCCCAAAGGCCUUGGAUCGCAUUGCAGGGAGUGCCAUGGGGCUGUAGGAGCCUCCCAUUUUCACCAGAGCAGCCUCACUGUGCCCUGAUUUACAUACCGUGGCUUUCCACGUAAGAUUUUGUUUAGAGGGCUUCCACUACUCAAGAAAAAGUUAGCAAACCACUCCUUUUGUUGCAAAGGAGCUGAUGUCCAGGGUGGCAAAGGCACUUGCCCAAGGUCACCCAGCAGUGCUGCUCUGAAGACUUAUCGUGCACAUCCCCAAGGGUUAGAGCUUCGAUCUCAGCACGGCCGGGCCAACCUCUGACCCCUUGUCCGUGUCAGUAAAAUAUGAAGGUCACAGCCAGGAUUUCUAAGGGUCAGGAGGCCUUCACCACUGCUAGGGCACACACACACACACACACGUAUACACACACACAUACAACACACACCUGUGUCUCCCCAGGGAUUUUCCCUGCAAUGAGGCUUGUCCGCAAGAUUGAGCUCAGAAGAGGAAGAACAAACAAACCACAGAGCUGGGGAAGGCUGUGGCUCGGGGCCAGCUCCCAGGGAAAUUCCCAGACCUGUACCGACGUUCUCUCUGAAACCAGCCGAGCUGCUUCGUGGAGGUAAUUUCAAAAAAGUAAAAGCUAUCAUCAGCUUCAUCUUAGGCUUGUAUGAAAUAACCACUCCGUUUCUAUUCUUAAACCUUACUAUUUUUGUUUUGUUUUUUUGAGUCGGAGUUUUGUUCUUGUUGCCUCGGCUGGAGUGUAGUGGUGCGAUCUCGGCUCACUGCAACCUCCGCCUCCCGGGUUCAAGUGAUUCUCCUGCCUCAGCCUCCCAAGUAGCUGGGAUUACAGGUGCCCACCACCACACCUGGCUAAUUUUUUUGUAUUUUUAGUAGAGACGGGGUUUCAUCAUGCUGGCCAGGCUGGUCUCGAACUCCUGACCUCAGGUGAACCACCCGCCUUGGCCUCCCAAAGUCUGGGAUUAUAGGCGUGAGCCACCGCGCCGAGCCAAACCUUACUAUUUUUUUUAAAGAAUUUUUUCCAGAGUUUAAUUUCUGACGUAGCUUGAGUUUUCUAGUAACUCUAAACUCCAUCUCCUUUAUCGUCAUUAAGUCAUUGACAAAAAGCCAGGAGAAGCAUUAGGAAAGGGCAUGAUAAUCAGUAUGAUAAUUUGUCUUGUGUGGUCAGCACUUAACUGUUUACAAAGCCCUUUCACAUGCACAGCGGGUGGGAACUGUGUGGUGUGGGCUGGGCCUGCACUGGAAGCAUAUCCUGUGAAAAGUGUUCGUGCCUUAGGUGAAGCAACAUGUAUCACUUUAGAGUACUAACAGUAUAUGUUGUUCUUAUGUAUUGGUAUUUAUUCCUAUUUUUGCUAUGUUUAUGUCAUAUUUAAAUGAUAUCCUACUGCUUGUUGGUAUACCCUAAACUGUUUAAAUAAAGAGCUCUAUUUUUAAAGA